AUGGUUGGUCAAAUCACCUACACCGAGGAAGAAAUUAUCUUCAUUCUCCAUCACAGUCUCGUCAAGGACAAGGAUCAUAAAGACACCUUGCGCGAGUACGAACAGCGAUUCAGCAAACCUCUCACCAUGGCUCAAUUGAAAUACGUCAGAGCCAAAUAUGGUCAUGAUCCUGAAUUCGGGGAAGAGAUGGUUGCACCUAUCCAGUACAAGAACGAUCAAAGCGAUCAAUCCUUCACAGUUUCUACGAACGAGGAUGAAUCAGCCUCUGAGGAUCACAUGCUGCAGGCCCUGGCAAGCUAUGUGUACGAUUCUCCCUCAGAGGCUCCCGAGAACCUGGCUUUGUCCUCCGACAAGGCACAGCAGGAUGAGCAGGCGCGCAUCGACGCAGAGGAAUAUGCUGCCGCACACGAAAAGAUUCUGCAGAUGUUCCAGGAGAAUCCCGACCGCCCGUAUGGCGUACAGCCUGUUCAGCAGUACUACGAGCAGAUGCUCUUCCCUUCUACGGUGCAGAAGCGAAAACGGGAUGAGCUUGAGGAAGCGGAUGAAGGAUCGAUCACAACCCCGGAUUCAGGUUCAUCUCCUGCAGUGCUUGAAGGACCUCAAGAGAGCAUUCCGAAGCGUUUGAAGACCCAGCCGCAGGAGACAUACCUCCAGGAGCUCUCCGCUCAGUAUUUAUCUCCGAUGCUGAACAACAACGCACCCCAGACGACCGGACAUGAUGAUGAAGCGUUGAACCUACUCAAUUUCAAUCUUCCUGAAGUCCCUGGAACCCCCGAGAAUCUGAGAAUGGGCACAGAUCAUGUGCAUGCGGAGAGAGACCCCAGUUUGUCACCCCUGACAAAGCUUCUCAAUAGCAUCGACAAUGAGUAUCCUCAAGGACCAACAACUGACAGCUCGUUCUUCACACAGCUCGAUCGUCAGAUGGACCCAUCUGGCUAUAGCACCGUCGACUUCGAGAAUACUAUGUUCCAGGAACCAAAUCCACCAGCUGCUCCCAUGUGGACAGGGGCGGACCCAACGAUGUUAUCUGCGAGCCCCAGCCUCAAUUUCUCCCAGUCUAUGCAACUUGCGCCAUGGGAAGCACCACACAACGAGGAAGAGAGCAACUUCUGGGGCACCCAAUCAGACACCUGGCAGGGAAUGACUGGUUAUGAUACUGCGCCGGGAUUCAACUUAGAUCCGCUGGUUCCACAGUAUGCCCAAACUUCUGCACCUCAUGCCUAUGCUGAGAUGAUGGCCAGCGCCGGCGGACCAUACCAAGGCUCCGGAGCCUUGACUUCUGUGCAGCAACAAGUCGAAGGCCAGAACAUCGCUGGCUUCUCUGGCGAUAUCAACGUCGACUGGAACAACGUGAGCAAUGCCGAGUGGGAUGAACUGUUCACGUACAGUGCAGAGCCACAGGGCCAUGCCGACUAUUCUCAGCAGUUCUUUGGUCCUCUCGAGUAG